AUGAAGAGCAUACUCGUCGCGCUCACCGUCGUCGCCGUCGCAGCCCUGCCCGCGACGGCCUUGCGUCAGCGAAGUUUCCGGGAGAAUUUCCGUAGAUGCCCGCAGAACUGUGCCUGUACAGUAGACAUGAAUCAGGGGAAGAAGGUCAUAUGCGAUCAAGGAGGUCUCCGAGAGAUGCCCAUCCUGAACAUGGACGGAGACACGCAGGUCUUCCACUUCACAGCUCCGCCGGACCUCCCGAACAACUCGACCUUGGGUCGCCUGUUCAGCUACUUCACGAACCUCGAAGAGAUCCGAAUCACGCAUUCGCAGAUUCCUGCGAUCGGCGAAAACACCUUCCACCCGUUGCGGAAGCUCCAGAUUCUCGAUCUCUCGUUCAACAAUCUCACGACGGUGAUCGAGAAGGAGUUCUACGGCCUGAUCGAGCUCAAGGUCCUCAAUCUCUCAAACAACCAAAUUUCGAAGUGUCCUUCAGCGCCUUUCCGGUAUCUGAAGAAGCUCACGUCGUUGAUUUUGAGCAAUAAUCGGCUGCAGCUAGUUCCGAGACUAUUCUUCAUGCUGAAAAACCUACAGAGGCUCGACCUGUCCGGCAACCCGCUGAACAGCAUCGACCCCGACGUCUUGAAGGAUCUUCGACCUGUCACUAGACUUUACCUCGCUCGCUGUAAUCUCAGUACCCUGCAUUCGCUCGUCUACCAGAACCUCCCGAACCUUGAGCAUCUCGAUCUAAGGGAUAAUAAGUUCACCUACCUUGCUCCCGAGGAAUUCCGGCACCUAACGAAGCUUCAGUAUCUUUAUCUGGAUGGUAACACGCUUACCACCUUAAAACACCGAACCUUCGCCGGACAAGCCCUCAAGCAGCUCGGCCUCUCGCGAAACUCUAUAACGACGAUAGAAGAGUGCGCGUUCUGUAAUUCGAGCAUCUCCGAGUUGAAUCUCUCCCGGAACCGACUGGAAUCGUCAGUUGGGGAUCCCCUUCGUGCUCUGUCUCUCUCGAUAGAGAAACUCGACCUGUCCUACAGCCCCACGCUGCGAGGAACCAUAGUCGCCGAGCUGAUCCAGAACCUGCACAAGCUGAGCGUUAUCAAUCUUGAAGGUAUCGGUCUGUACGAUCUGCCGGCGGCAACGUUUUCUCCACUAACCAAUUUGCGUCAACUUUAUCUCAACAAUAAUCGAUUCAGCGAGUUCCGUUACUCGUUGUUCCAAGAGCUCCGCAAACUCGAAGUGCUUAACAUUUCGCACAACAAUCUCAAGUUUCUGCGAUCUUCGAUAAUCCGGUCGCUGAACGAUACGAACACGCGCGUGAUCAUGCACGAUAAUCCAUGGAAAUGUCAGAAAUGCUACAUGAUCCAUAUGCUCAAUUUUUUGAGCCAACGCCCCAUCGAAGACAACGUCAAGCCUCCGCUGUGCGCCGAUCCCGCCAACGUGCGUGGGAGGGACCUCUAUCACGUGCGGAUCUUCGAGCUCGACGAGUGCAACAACCCCAUUCUUGAGCCUCGGGUUUCGGGCACCGAGUCCCAGGUUGGACUCGUGGUGGCAAUAAUUAUCAUCAUGGUAAUCGUAACGAUCAUCGUAGCAACAAUUGUUAUUUACAAGACGCAAGGGGCUGUGUAUUACACUCAUGAGGAAGACCGCUCAAGAGGAUCGCUCAGCUACGAUAACCUCGGCUGCAAAGAAGGUCUCGACAGUAAGAGACCUUCGAUUGUCGCAACCAUAGACGAUACAAUAAGCCGCAGUUCAUAG